UUGUACCUAUAUAAGGAGAGUGGAGUGGUGCUAUCGGCUCACUUUAUCAGCUUCCACAUCGGCUCGCCAGUUCACCCGAGAGCGCCCAGUGUCUACAUUUAAACACACACACACACACACACACACACAUAUAUAUACAAAGCACACAUACAGUCACCAAGCUUCACCUCCCAGGAUGACCGACAAAACCUCGACAUACCAGGUGAAUGAGAUGUGCUUCCAGCCUGGACUUAAGCCAAAGCAGGUGAUGAGCUGCUAUGACUCCUGGUCCGUCUCUUACGACAAGAUGAUGGUCGAUGGUACCUAUAAUGGACCAAGAAUGGCUCUCGAGGAAGUCUUAAACCAUGUCCCUGUCAACUUGCGGUCCACUUGUCGUGUUCUGGACGUGGCCGCGGGCACGGGACAGUUGGGCACGAUGCUGGCCAGCACUGGCUUCAGGCUUCUGGAUGCUGUAGAGCCCUCGCUGGGAAUGUUGAAAAUACUACGGGAGAAGAAUGUGUAUAAUACUCUUUAUGAUGUUUACAUGGGGAAUGACGACAUCACGAUCCCUCCAGACACUUAUGACGUAGUGGUGGUUGUGGGAGCGAUGGGGGAGAAUCAUUUGCCUGUCACUAGUGUGGAUGAUAUGGUCUCCGUAACUAAGCCAGGUGGCUUUGUGAUUAUAGUGAUGAGAGAGGAAAACCUGGUGACUGUCGAGGCAUACAGAGACAAACUGGAGCCUCACAUGGACAGUCUAGUAGAGAGAGGCUACUGGACAAGGGUAACCCGCAAAGUGGUCCCAUAUUACUUCUGCGAUAAGGACGGACUCGUGCUUACCUACAGAGUGCUCUGACAUACACACGUCUCCUCCCCAACACACACAUCAGCAUGAUAAUUGUUACAGGUUUCCGAAGCUUUGGCCACACGGGCACCAUUCACCACACUUAUAUUUAUUGGUGCUUGCAGUGGUGUGUGACAUUUUGUAGGUGUGUGUAUGUUCUGAACUACUUUAUUAUUUUCACUUUGAAACAAACUGUGCUGACUCGUGCAAUACAAACUGAUGUUAGUUACUCUAAUCAUUCAGGUGAACCAUGGCACAUAGUUAUUGGGAACUGACUCUGCGUGUGGGAAAAAUGUGUAACAUU